CGUUGCUAUCGGCUGAAAUGAAUACCGGUGUAUUUGAUGCCUCAUUACAUUCAGUAUUUACAAAAGUCUAUCUCUGCCGCCUUUGAGGUCAUCGACGCAGGCUGUUUGCUCACUCUGUCCAUAUCCAUGCUCGGGUUGUCUUCACUGGGUGCUGGCAAAGCGCACUGGAUCACUGCACCGCGCGUGAAGCAUCCGCCUGGAUACACUCCUCAGACAUGGCAGUCAUCUGCUCACGCAGGGCGGUCACAUACCUUCGGAAAGGCACCAAGUGCGCCGAAGUCUAUCGCUCUUGCGAGGGCAGCAGCUUCACCGAUUGCUCGCCCCGGCCAGUCAAGCGCAGCUCCGUCGCGACAAGGUCAUGAGGUACAGACAUCGAGUAAGCUCUGCAACUCAAUGUUUGACUCGUCAGCACCUUCUGGUACCCAACAGUCAAACAAUAGAGGGUUUCCGUCUACCUCCGUCCUUCCGGAUCCUUCGCGGCUCACCACAACAAAGCCGUCACUCUGGGACGAGCCCAAACCUCUCGCGACGAGCACAGACAGCAAGACGCUAGCCGACACCAAGGUCAAAGUCGAAGAACGAGACGUCGUCCUCGAUCAUCAUCGUCACUAUGCUACAUCUGCCUCACGAACCACCCCCUAUGCGCCCGCCCUAAACCCUUCCCUCUCAAGCGUGUCAUCAUCUGCGCCCUCCAUCCUGUCGACGCCGAGCGCCGCGACUAACUCGAGCUCGGCUACGCAGAACGGCAGCGCCAGUAGUCUCACGCGCGAGAUAUGGGACGUUCGGCGGGAGAUCGCCGCCCUCGCUGCCCGCGAAACCGUUUUGGAAGAGCAUCUGAAGCGAUUGGGGUCAAGGCCCGCGCCUGAACCUUCCGCUACAAAGCCAGCCGUCGGUGGCUCUAAAACCGCCUGGCUGGCGCCGAGUGAUGUGAUCUCAAAACUCCGCGCUCAGCUACGAACCGAGUACGAAGCCCGGAAAGCAGCGGAACACGCACUUCGGGACGAACGGCAGCAGCGCGAGCUAGCCGCAGCCGCCGUGGCGGACAUCCACCGAGAGUGCAGGGCGCCGUUUGUCGUACCCGCUCUCGUUGACGCAUUUGUGGAGAUCUCACGCAUUACCGGGGAUGUGCUGGCUGGCCUCUGAGGGAAGCGCGUUGGAGAUAGCUCCCGCCGUGAACCUCGAUGCGGCAACCGAUGCGUUUUUAAUCGCCUGUAUGUGCGCAGACAUUCGUACGUUCCCUGUGCAAUAUACUCAUAAAGUAGUUAUCA